AUGAUCAGAAAGGCCUCAUUCAACGGGGGCAUCUUGCAUAUGGAAUUUUCGGAAUCCGACUUGCUCAUGUGCAUUGGAAAUACACUCCAUAUCCUUAACAUGAACGGAUUAAUAAGAGAAGAUGUACUCCUUCCUUCCAAUGAAGUAAAAGAAAUACUUAAAUUUAAGGACAUUGUAUUUCUUGAAAUCGAGACCUACGGGCACUACUACUUCAAAAUAGACAACCCGAUACUUGUAAAAAUAGAGUGCAGAAUAGAGAAGAUCCAUGUGGGCAACAACGUGAUUUUUUCUCAUGGUUGUGGUAUAUCUUUUCUCGAUAUCCAGACCUUUCAACCCUGGCAUAUUGUAACUAUGCCCAGUAAGAUAGUAGACUUUGCAGAGGUUGGGUCCGAUAUAUAUGUUCUGGUUGAAGAUCAUCUGUGUCUCGUUCAAUACUUGGCCCGGAAUAGGAAAGAAGUGUCUAUAAAGUCUAUCGGGUUUCUAAGCCAUUUGAAAUUUGUUUCUGCAACUUCCAACAAACUUGAUCUUCUAAUUCUUGAGAGCAACUAUGAAUUGAUUCUCUACAGAGGAGAAACAUUGAAGUCAAUAAGAAAGGGAAAAAAUUAUAGAGGAUUCAAGAUAUUCAAUACAAUACUUAUAUUUCUACUAUCAGAUGGGAUAGAGAUGUACUCCUUGAACUCCCACAGAACACUUGUGAAGUUGUAUUUUCCUCCAAAGGCAAUCGCAUAUGAUUCCCAUAGGAAGAUACUUUGGCUGUAUUCAGACUUUCUGUACGAGGUAGAUGUUUCAAAACUUGCUAUUUAA